AUGUCGUCGUUCGCCGGCGUAUCUGUCCUGGCCGACGGCAAUCUGUGCCCUGCCACCGCGUCGACCGUCGGCACCAGCGCGGUCUGCGGGUAUCACCUGCUGGUGGUCCACGACUACCCGCGCACCAAGCAAGAGGCGCCCACCGGCGAGAGCAUCAGCUCCCGUCCUUUUAUGGUGGGAGGCCAUUGUUGGAUCAUCAACUACUACCCCAACGGUGAAGACUCGGACUGUGCCGACUUCAUUUCUCUCGAGCUUUCCUGUCUCCAAGACGAUGCCAACAAGAAGCAGCAGCAUGUGGUGGAAGCCAAGGUCGUUUUCAGUUUCAUAGACCAGGUUGAGAUGCAGAAUCCAGUCUACAUUGCUCAAGCUGAAACAUACAGCUUCAAUGGUUUUUCUCGGGCCAGACGCAAGUUCAUGACAACACAAGCCCUUGAACAAUCAUCACUGCGUCUAAAGGACGAUUCUUUCACCAUCCGGUGCGACAUCAUGGUCUCCUGCUCCUGCAACCCCAAGGACGACGAUGCCACCAACGCGCUCCUGCCUCACAUGUGCCAGCACUUUGAACAUCUCCUUUAUACCGAGGUGGGUGCUGAUGUGGAAUUCGAGGUUGGCGGCAAGACGAUGGCUGCACACCGCUGUGUGCUCGCCGCCCGAUCCAAGGUAUUCAUGUCACAACUCUUUGGCCCCAUGAAGGAGGGCACCACUAAGGCUGGUGUCAUACGGAUCAAAGACAUGGAAGCAAGCGUGUUCAGGGCCUUGCUUACCUUCAUCUACACGGAUACGUUCCCUGCUAUGGAGGAUGAUGAUAGCAUGGAGGAGGACGAAACGUCACAAAUUGCGGAGCAAGGACAAGAAAAGGAGACCACAUUAUCAGAGGCACGCAUGUGGCUGCAAUGGCUGCAAAACUUGUUGGUAGCGGCUGACAGAUAUGAUGUCCAACGCCUCAAGUGCAUCUGUGAAAGGGAGUUGUCUGAGCACAUAUGUGUGAGCUCGGUCAUGUCCACUCUUGCUCUAGCCGAGCAGCACCACUGCCAUGGAUUGAAAGAGGCGUGCUUCAAGUUUAUCCAAGUCCAGUCCCCCUCAUGCCUGCAAACAUUAAUGGCAUCUAAUGGCUGGGAUCAUGUCUUUGACACCUAUCCCUCGGUUUUAAAGGAGCUCAUUGCCAAGCUUGCUUCCAACCACCGGAACUAA